AUGUCGGUUUUCGUGGCUUUAUCGUGUUGCUUGCUCUGCUCUGGCUGGCUGGGUGAGGCAGAGUGGUCGAAGGAUUUUACAAUAGUGUGCCAUGAGGAUGGCAAGCUUUACCUUGGUCAUCUGUAUUACAACGAUUCCGAGGAUUACCAAGACAUAAUUUUCGAUGAAGAUGAAGAUCAACCGGAAAGAACUGAAGUGUUUACUUGGCCUUCCUACACAUCGACGGAUUGCUUCCUCAUUCAUUCCUCCUGCUAUCAAGUUCUGCUUGAGCGAACUGCAUCGCAGAUAGAAGUUGAACAAUUAUCUCGAUUGUGUCAGGCCUUACAGCCAGAUAGACAAAGAAAUUUUGGGGACCACGCACAAAUGAAGCUGCGUAGUUGCCUCGAUCCACAUGCUGCUAUUAUACCCUCUGACCUUGCAACACGUUGCACUGGGCCGUACAUGGAGACAGACUCUGCUCGCUGUGAUUCACAAUUGCUUGAACUUCCCCUUGAAAUUUUGACCAUGAUCCUAGAUUACCUUCCACCUACGGAUCUGAUUCGGCUGUUUUGCGCCAGCAAGAUUGCGCUGAAUUAUGGGGAUUCGGUUAUGCGCACAAAACCACGCCAGUUCUACCGGUGCAUUCCCGCUGAUAACGAAGGUAUAUCCAAGCGCCGACUGCUGCUUGUUCUUUCUCUUAGGUUUCCCAAAUCACGCAAUGAAGGACUCGAUCUGAGAUGGGAGGUAGUGUCUAGGAUAGGAGUAUUGAGCAAGUUAAUACGCUACAUUGCUACAGAAUCGACACCGCCAACCGUGGAGAUAAGGGCUACGAAGACAUUGGUCAACCAUGCUUACGGAUUAUGGAUUUCUUUCGCAGACUUGCCGACUGAUCUCAAAGUAAUUACGGUCUAUGGGAUUAGAAUCAAGGAGCAUGUUUACGUUUGCGGAAUUGACUUUCUGACAAGAAGCACUCAUCAACACGUUGGUCACCACUCCAAGCUAGUCUCUCGAGUCGAGAUUCUUUCCACCCUGGUUGACGUUGUCUGUUUCCUGGCGGACGCUUUUGGUAUUAGGAGCUUGAAGUUCGGUCAUUCAGCGUGGAGCUUUGAGGAACCGAAAAGAUAUCAAUGCUGGGAAGGAUUUAGUAUAAGGAGACGAGAAGGGAGGCUUAGGAUUGUGCGAGACUCAAAUUCAGACAUAUUGGGUGGUGCUCCGACACAACCCCUUCUUUUGAGGAAACCCUUCUAG